AUGAGGUACCUUCUUGCCAUUCUCUCAGUAUGGAGCAUAUCAAUCGUUAUUGCACAAUCGGAUAAAAAGCCUGAAGGCUCCAAGCCCCCUUCUUCUGAAGCUUCAAAAACUGACCAACCUGGAAAAUCAGACCACGAAUCUAAAAAACCAACUCGACCAAAAACCAAUUCUACAAAGUCUGCAGGAGGCCCGUCACAUAAACCUAGUCAUGCACCUCUGCCAAAUGCUGCACCAAUGCCUCCUCCCUUGCCACCUACUCAGCCUCCUGUUAAUUCAGUAAAACAGCCCAGCUCCAGCUCCAGCUUCAGCUUCAGGAACCGCUAG